CUGUCAUUUAUCUGCUCUUGUCAACCUGUGGCUUGUUAGCUUUGCCGCUUUCCUAGUGAAUUUAUUAAUGUUUCUUAAACAAUAUUUAGCGUGAUCAUAAGAGAAAGCGAUACGAAAAGUUAUUUUUAAUACUUUGUAACUAUUCCAUUCAAAAUUGCGUCUAACGAUUCUGCAAUGUCUUCAGAUUUUUAUAUUCGUUAUUAUGUAGGCCACAAAGGUAAAUUUGGUCAUGAGUUUCUUGAAUUUGAGUUCAGGCCUGACGGGAAACUGCGAUACGCUAAUAAUUCUAAUUAUAAGAACGACACUAUGAUUAGGAAGGAAGCAUAUGUGCAUCCAUGCGUGAUGGACGAACUUAAAAGAAUCAUUGUUGAUUCUGAAAUAAUGCAUGAAGACGAUCGUCUGUGGCCUCAACCUGACCGAGUUGGCAGACAGGAGCUUGAAAUAGUUAUUGGUGAAGAGCACAUUUCAUUCACUACCUCCAAGACUGGGUCACUGGUAGAUGUCAACCAAUCCAGAGAUCCUGAAGGCUUGCGGUGUUUCUAUUAUUUGGUGCAAGAUCUCAAAUGUCUUGUAUUCUCUCUUAUAGGACUACAUUUCAAGAUCAAACCCAUAUAAUUUUUAAUAUUUUUUAAGUAAAAUAAACGAGUUUCAUACUUA